UGUAAACAAGACAUCGAAUCGAUGUGCGCUUAACGGCAAGGCUGCGAGCUAACAUGGACCGUUUUAAGGUUCUGGAAAAAUCUUUCGCAAAACAACAAUGACCGGUAACACAUAUAGACAGUAGGAAGCGAAAGCUGUCUUCUUCGUAUGGACGACAAUGGGCGGAUUUACAUCAAGAAAUCGUUAUAGGUCGUUGCCUCAGUUUGAAUCUAAAACAACUAACGAGGCUGUCCCGGCGUGGGAAACAUGGUGUACUACAUUGUUUCGGCAUCGGCUAUAUAAUACAACGUUAAGUCAGUCGGCGGAGCAAGCGCAGGGGUCAUCCCGGUUUGAGGUUGAAGAAAUUUCUCCAAAGAUCCUUAAACAACUAUCGAAAGCUCGUCGAGGUGCUAGGUUCAAGGACGGUCUUGUUAUGCUACUUGGAAGUGAUGGCGCAGUCAAAGCGCAUUUGAAGGUGCUCUUCGCAGCAUGUUGGUACUUUAGUAACGUACCACAGUAUUCCUACUGCUACCUGAACGGCUUUACGAAGAAAGGCUUAACUGAUCUCGUUAACUUUAUUUACCACAAUGAACUUCCAAGCAAUGUUGAACAAUUGCUCGGUCUGAAUCAGCUGGCAGAACACAUUCGCUAUAAGUUUCUUGCGGCACAAACUAGCAAGCUCCUAAUCGAGCAGUACGAAGCUGAAGGAAGGGGUGACCAAGCAUUACCAGGCCUACUCAACUUGACGAAAAAAUUUAGCUUGCCGACCUUGUAUGACCAUUUGUGUGUAGCCUUGGCUCGAUACACUCAGGUUCCGUCAGUCCUGCUCAGAGUUAGCCCGGCAGUUCUGACUGAUGUUCUAGUUCAGGACUGUCUGGCAGUCGACGACGAGGACCAGGUAGCGUCCCUCGUAAACAAAUUCUACCACCUGCAUCCUGAGUAUAGCUCGACCGAUGUGGCCAGUUGUGUAAGAUACAAUUUUCUAUCAGAGAGUGCUAAACGGUGGUUCGAUUUCGAAUCAGGUAUUGUGUGGGCACCUCGACAUGCCUAUACAGGCCAUUACCUUUCCGUAAAUUUGCAUGUUCGUCGAGACAGAGUUAAAAUAGCAUGUAUUCUAAUCAUUGAUCGCGUAUCGCCUGGUCGACGCCCCAUAACAAUCUGUACUAUCGAAGAUUCCUCGGGCUAUGAUACCGUGUCCAAUUCGUGCGUGCGACCUCGACUUGACCACGUUGCGGGAGCUAAAGAAGCCGCCGAAUAUCGAAGUGCAGUCCACAUCGCUUCUGUAACCAGUCGUCGACUGCUUUUCGUCCGUCUGGGCUCAACUGUUCUCCGGGUCGAUCUUUACGCCAACGCAUGCCAAGUACUAUCGAGGGAUAUAGCUGAAUUCUACGUAACUUCCGAAGGUCUUGUAAAAACAGUCAACAGACUGAAUGGGAAAGAAACUCUAAUCACAUCCCGAGCUCACACAGUAAUGGCGGCACUUCUGGUGACACCCUGCGAUAGGCUUGUGGUCAAACUUGACAUUGAUUAUAUGAAUGGGAAAAUGGACAAUAGCUAUACUAAUAACAGUAUUUGCGCUAUUGACAACAAAAGCAACGAUUGCAAUAGAGAUGAAGACCCCCUCCUAGUGACGUUCACAGCGGCUGCGAAUUGAUGACGUUUUUUCUUUUUGCCUAGACGGUUAAAAGCUAGUUUCGACUUUUGAAGUUAUACGUAACGUGCUAAUAUACAUAACUAUUGUCCCUGUUUAAUAGGCGCAAACUGAACAAACGACGUAUUGAUUCCAAGUAUUGAUCAAUAUUGUUAAGCUAAUUCUAGAAAUUAUGUCCAAGUUAAAACCACUCAAUAGAAUCUAGUUAGGGGAACUCUAUGGCAAUUGGCUAUAUAUUUGUGUUUAUGGAACCGAUAAGAAUAGAUGGUAUUUGUUAGUUAACUUUUGAACGAACUCUAUACUACCACUAUACGUUUAACUAUACGUUUUUCAAUAAAAGCUACGUGCUUAAAGUGUGUUUGCGUCUCUAUUGUCUAUUCUGUAUUAAAGUGCUCGCUCGAAAAGGCGGAAUGGAGUAGAUGUAUGGCGUUAAAUGGUGGUAAAACAAUGGCGUAUCCAAUCUAGAAUAGAAACACGUUUCGGUAACGAUCAUAUCAUUAACAAUAUUAAAAGUCUAAUGUGGUAGACAAAUUUCAAUGAAUAUAGCCUUGUCUGAGCUUAGAUAGCAAUGCGUUGUAUGUCAGACAUGGUCUGAGAUAUAAUUUAUGUAAGAUAUGGUAGUUUGGCCUAUCACUAUGUUCCUAAGGAACUGCUACCGCUAACAACCAUAACAAUUUAUU